UCCUUUUUCUCUCUGUAUCUUUCUAUCUGUAUACACACAUAAACAGUGGUUUAAGAGUAGCCAGUUUCAACGUGAUUGCCAAAGAGAAAAGGGAGAGUUUUGAAUGGUUCUUGGAAGAUUUUCGAGAACACCCGUGUGCUGAAAAUCUGUAAAGAAGCAAUUUUUAGGAAACCCUUUUGUUUCUCAGAGAAAAAAGAGAUGGGAAGUUGUGGGAGGAAUGGAGCAGUAAGGCAAUAUAUAAGAUCAAAGGUUCCAAGACUCAGAUGGACUCCUGAUCUUCAUCACUCCUUUGUUCAUGCCAUUGACAGACUUGGUGGUCCAGAAAAAGCUACACCAAAGCUUGUUCUUCAGAUGAUGGAUGUAAGAGGACUCACCAUUUCCCAUGUCAAAAGUCAUCUUCAGAUGUAUAGAAGCAUGAAGAGUGAUGGAAAUAAGCAAGAAGAUGAAGAUCUCAAUUCCAUUGGAUCACACAGAAGACAAUCUCUUGAGGAUCAUCAUGAUGGGUGUCUUGAUCAUGAGCAUCAUUUGAAGCCCACGAUUCAAGAUUCAGAUUCUCACUUCAUUUACACUCUCCCUUCUAAAAGAUGCAGAAUGGAGACAAGAAAUGGUAAGCAUGAAUGGUGGGAAAAUGGAGAACAGAUAGAACAAGAGGAAGCCAUUGGGAAUCUCACAUGGCAGCAGCCUUCUCUUUCUUUUUCUUUCCCACAUUUUCUCAUGCAUCCUUCCUUUACCCAUGUAAAUGCUCUUCAUCCAGAAUCUGACUUCCUAAAGAUUUUUGAACACUGCGGAUCGCCUAAGAGACGGAAAUUGGAGGGCUCGAGAAGCACUGAAGACGAAGACGGAUUGUUGAAGCUUUCGUUGCACCAUCACUCGACACAAAGGAGCAGUAACGGUUCAUCAUCGAGUGAAAUGAGUGAGGUGUAUUCGAGGCCUAAUGUAAACGAUGGUUCGUUGAACAAGUGUAGUGUUAAUUUAGACCUAUCUAUUGCUUUAUCUGGCAAUUGAUGAGAUAUUUAUUGAAGAGAUUCUUUUCCGAAUUUGGUUGUUUCGUUACGAGUUAUUCUUUUGAUUGUUGUAACGUUC